CUCGGCGGGUGUGUGAAGAGGACCCAGCCCGUUAUUUCAAGGUUAUCUCCUGCAGGACGCUCACCUCUCGGAGCCUAUGGGAAUUUUGAUAACCGCGGUUCUUCUUUGGGCUGCCGUCGGGGUGGGAAGCCGGCCAGUAACCUCACCCCUUAAUGAUGCAAAGGUUGAAUGUAUUAUUCAGGAGACGCUGAAUGAAGACGGGUCACAUGAGUGUGGCCCACAGCUAGCAGAGGAACUUGAUGAAGUGGAAAGACAUCAGGGUCUGCUCAGGGAGCUGCAGAAGCUGGCCGUUGACGAGAGAGAAAAGGAGCAAGAAAACGAGAGGGAGCGAUAUGAGUACAACCUGGCUGACGAUGAGAGCGACUUCGAGCAGGGGGACGAGGAGGAGAAAGAUGUGGUCAGCCUUGUAAAAAAGACCGAGGACAAGACGGAGGAAGAUGACACCAAGCAGAAGAUGAUGGAGGAGCCACGGAUCGAAGACACAGGGACAGACAAUGAAGAGGAGAGAGCCAAGGAGCUUGAGGAGCUGCUAGCCGAAGAGAUCACCAAGAAAGGGAAGGAGGAGAAGAAUGAUGACGAGCUCAAGGAACUGCUGAAGGAGCUGAAGAAGAAACGCUACGAGGCGGUGAAAGAGAGGGAGAUCCAGAAAGGCUCUGGAGCAGAGCAGAAGGAAGAGGUGGACGAAAAGAAGGAGACGGGGGACAAAGAGAAGGAGAGAGAAACGGAGGAGGACUUGGAGAAGCAGAGGAUGGAGGAGAGGAGAAAGAACGAGGUGGAGCUGAUGGUGGAGAAGGAGAAGGUGGAGAAGGAGCUAAAGGAGCUGCUGAAAGAGCAGGACAGCAAGAACAAGCCAGAGCAGGAGAGGGAGAGGAAGGAGAAGCAGGAGGAGCUGGAGGAACUCGUCAGGAAGAUGAAACGCGUGCAGGAGGAGGACGAGCAGGAGAUGCAAGGCGGGAAGAAGGAGGAGGGCGUGGGUGAUAGGACGGCGGGGGAGAAGAGCGAGAAGAAGGAGGGCGAAGGAGAGAAGGAGCCCAAUGAGAAAGCGGAGAAUGAAGUCAAGCGGAAGGAGGCGGCGGCGGAGGUGAAGGAGCCGCAGCAGAAGCGAGUGAUGGAGAAAGCCAGCGAUGAAGCCACGCAGCAGUUUGAGAGGGAGAGGUACAAGGAUGAGGAAGAGGAGGGCGAUGAGGAUGAGGAUGAGGAUGAAUUUGUCAGAGAGGAUGAGGAGGGCCAGGAGGAGGAAGACGAUGAGGAUGGUGACGCCGAAGACGAUGAAGGGGAGGAGCUGCUGGAGAUCGAAGCAGAGUUGCGCAAAGUCGCUGCAGAGCUGAGGGAGCUGCGCAGAGGAUAAGACACACAAAUACACACUCACACGCAGCAGACUGACUGACAAAACCCUUUGUUGCAUUCACAGUCCCACAGUCAGCUCGCACAUUUUCCAUUUAACAGCCUUCAAUUCCCCACAGCACUCAGAGAAAUGUCUUCAGAUGUGAAUCUGUAAAUGGACACUAGUAGAAACUGUACCUGCUGUUGUUUGAGUUCUGCUUUUAGAUUGCCUGGAAAAGGCUGCCACCGAUUCCUCAGUGCUCAUUUGAAUGUGUGAGCGUUCGAGGAAGAAGAGGCGAAUUUUUCUAGAGAAUCUGAAAAAUCUUUGUGUCCAUUUCCACCUGUGUCCCUGUCUCAGUACCUGUGAACGCUGUUUGUAAGGUAGACAGGUGUUUUCACUUCAGUUGUAAACUGCCAUGGAUGCAAGGCAUUCGGAACUUUCAAAUGUUGAUUUUGACUGCAGAUUGCCGACCACACAAACACCAACAUCGUUCAAAUCUGACUCAUGAAUGCUGGCAAGCAGCGCUUCUGUUCUCUGACGGCAUCAUCCUCGGUGGUGUGUUCUCAGUGGGAACUGCAGUUUCCCCACUAUAAGUAAUAUGUGUAUUUCAGUAUAUAUUUUGUGCAAUAAUUGAUAACUAUGUGUAAGCUGUUCCUGCUGUUCUGACUGUUAACGAUAUGCAUUACUGAUAUUUCUACACAGGAGUAAGUCAUUAUUUCCUCUUCGUUUCUUUGAUGAUAAAGUAGAAACAAGGGUUGUGUUUCAUUUGGCUCUCGCACUGUUAAAACCAGACUGUUUGUGAUGAACCAGGGUGACACGAACAAAACAAAAAGAGGAAGGUGGUUGGUGUUGGAAUUCUGCCCCGUGUGUCAGAUGUUAAGUUUGUCUUAAACGUGGUUAGUGUGUGGCAACAGUACGUGAUGUACUUAGAGCUUACAAGGUCUAAAAGUGUCACUUCAGGUUCUCAGCCAGCUUUGCACUCUUAUCUUAACAAGCCAAGGAGGAGUCGAGGGAAGAGGGAGACACUAAAGCCAUUUUGUUGUCUUUUGGUAACAGUAACAUUGAUAAAUGCUCAGUAGUUUUACAUCAUCAUUUUCAUGGCUGUAAUGGCAUUUGUGUAAAUAUCAGAUAUCAUGGUCUGUAAGCCAAGGUCAUAGGAAAUAUGAAGCAACAGCGCCCCCAAGAGGACACUGGAUAGAAAUGCACACAGUGCAGGAUUAACAGGGUUACCACUGGAGGCCCACUUAUGGCAAUAACACAAUAUAGACUACAGCACAUGUGAAUGCAAUAAUUAGCCAAAUAAUUAAUUACUUCAUGUAUUUCAAUAUGUAUUCAAAAUGCAUCAUAUGGUACUCUUAUAGCAGAUAUAAUCUCUCUUUUUCUACACAGCCAAGAUUUACAAUACAUUUAUGUAUUUGAACACUGGUGAAGCAGCUGUUCAACUUGUGUAAACACAUAGUAAUAACACACAUGAUCAGUCAACACUGAGGAGCUCAUUCCUGUCUAUUCCAAAGAUGAGAUGUUUGUUCACUUGACAAUGAAAAAAAUAUUAAUGUACUGUAGUUUUCUUUUUCUAUAGAAGUGCAAAAUGUUUCCACAAAAUGUAUCUUACAAACCAGCAAGAAGGAUGGAGGAAAUGUCUGUGGGGGCUGACAUAAGGGCAUAGAGGGCAUUUCGAACAACAGGGAGAAAAAAUGAUAACAAAAACACCAUUUGUAAUGUUACUGGCCAAUCAGAGUGCUGUAUUUUGUGCCUGCUGUAUCUUCUUCUAUGCUACCUGUUAAUCAAUAAACGGAAAGUG